UUGUUUUUGUGUAUUGUGGUCAUAAAUAGUUAAAUUGUUGAUUGCGGUUGUACUAAUAUAUUCUGGCCAAGAUUGAUACACAUAUUGGGGAGCCCUACUAAAUCUAGAAUGAAGAUGAGUAUUAAUAGAUAAUAUGCAAUGUUUAUAGAUAAUAUGCAUGUGUAUCAACUGUGCCCUUCAUUCCAAGUCAAAAUCAAAGUCAAGUAUAAUCCCAUGGAUGAAAAUAAAGUGUCCUAUGCAAACGAAUGGCAUUGACUGUGGCUAUAUUGUCAUGCAAUUUAUGAAAGAGAUAAUAUUGGCAAAUCAAGACAUGAUCCCCGAAAAUUACUUUGGAGAUUACAAAUGUAAAACCUAUUCUAAAGAUAAGCUAGUUCAGGUCGAGGAGGAUUGGGCAACCUUUAUGGUCGAGUAUCUUAGAGACUAUAUUGCUGAUAGACUUAAACCGUAAUUGGUUGUGCUGGACUAUAUAGCUUGUCACGAGUCCUCUUAAAUUUAGGUGUUUUUUUGUUGAUAAUUAACUGUGGCUGCUUUUAGGAGUUUUUUUUUUAUUGGCAAUUGUGGAUUGACUAGUAUUAUGACAUUCAUAAUUAAAUUUAUGAUCAAUUUGUAAUGAGAUUAUCAUGAAUGUAAUUUGCUAUAUUCAUA